GUGGAGCACCCAAGAUCCAGGCCUGGCCCUGGCGACAGCUCCAGUUCCAACGUCGAGGAAUAGGGAAAAAAAGGCAAAAAAAAAAAAGGCGCACAUCUCAGGAGUCCAUUGCCGAAGUAAAUGCCAUGGCCGCCCCUGGCCGCGUGGCAUGCCGUGCGGCUUUGAGCCCCAUGCGACGACGCGCGGAAAUCCCUGCCCCGCAGCCUGUCCAACUCUGCCCGCUCGCCGCCGCCCACCACGGGUGCUAGAACAGUGACCCCGGUCAGUCCCUGUGCCGCGGGCGGGCGCCGGGCGCCGCGGAGGGCGUCGUGCAAGGCUCGCCGGGGCGCUGCGGGGCGCUGCGAGCACUGUAAGCACCAGGAGCGCUGAAAGGAGCAAUCCCCCGAGUUCCCUUGCUUCCAUUGGCCCUUCUUCUCCGGGCCCAACGACGACGCACCAGCCCCUGGGGCUCGGACUCAGAUGCAAGGUUCCUGAAGGAGACGAUGGCCUGGUGGGCCAAUUAAGGUCACACUGUGAGGCCCUGAGGACCCGGUCAGGUGGGAAUGCCAUCUCACCGCAAGAGAUGCAUAUGUGUGUGAUGGAUGAUGGCGUUUGAUUCGACGUCGACCUUGGCGACGUGCCAUCUGGAUGGGAAAGAUCUGCCGAGUCAAGCAGCUGCGUCCAGCUAGACCGCUCAUCCAUGGCCGCACGACCUCUUUCAACGAACACCCCCACCAGACAGUGAAGGGUCCUGAGCGAUGUCACCAUGAUAAGCCAGUUCCAUGGCCACUAGAGGUCCCCGGGAGAUGGGAUGGGAUGUAUAUAAGUAUCCUUGGGAUGGCUGUCCAAACAAGCUCGAGAGAUGGCUAUCUGGUCACUGCUCCAAGCAUCCGCAUUGCUCUGGCCAAUGCGUUGGGACUAGCAGCAGCAGUUUCCAGCUCCCCGGACUCGUCCACGUUGACGUGGAUACUCUUUUCUUCAGUUGUGUUUCAAACCGUCCCGCCUUGACUUGGGCAAGCAUAAACAACAACAAAAACAAGACACGGCCACACAAACAGACCUCUCCGCACAAAACCAUACAACAUGGCCAACAAUCGUGACCACGAGGAGGAGGUGCCCGGCACCGUCCGCCUCAUCGACAUCAACGGGUCCAGCGAGGGGGCCCACGACAAGUCCAAUGCGGAGAUCGUCCUGGUGCCCCGGCCCAGCGCCGACCCCAACGACCCCCUGAACUGGUCCGACAGGCGCAAGCUGGUGACGGUCAGCAUGGCCUACCUCUACAUCAUCGGCACCGGCAUCGCCACGUCGCUGCAGUACUCGGUGCUGGCCGACAUCACGCGUGACACGGGCAUCUCGACGGCCGAGCUGGUCCAGGGCACGGGUCUCAUGUUUCUCUUCUUCGGCUGGGCCUGUCUGAUCUGGCAGCCCAUCGCGCUGACCUACGGCCGCCGCGGCGUCUUCCUCGUCACCAUGCUCCUGACGGUCGCCAUGAUGGAGUGGACGGCCCGGUCGUCGACGGCCCAGGACUGGAUGGCGCACCGCAUCCUCAUCGGCGUCAUCGUCUCGCCCAUCGAGUCGCUGUGCGAGGUCACCGUCUUCGACAUGUACUUUGCCCACAACCGCGGCACCUACAUGGGCCUGUACGUCUUCAUCCUGUUCGGCUCCAACUUCCUGGCGCCCCUGGUCGCCGGCUGGUUCAACGACGCCUACGGCUGGCGCUGGACCAUGCACCUCGGCAGCAUCAUCUGUGCCGUCUGCUUCGUCGUCAUGUUCCUCUUCAUGGAGGAGACCAUCUACUUCCGCUCCGACGACUACAUCGCCAGCGACCAGAGCUCCGUCGUCGACCUGGCCAACGAGAAGGAGAAGGAGGCCGGCGCCGUCAAGGCCUCCGAGGUUCCCCCCAGUGCCACCACCGGCUCGACCUCGCCGCCCAACAUCAACGCCGGCCUGGGCAAGUACACCUUCUUCAAGGCCCUGCCCGGCCGCCCCAGCAACGUCGAGAUGCUCAAGAUGGUCUACCGCCCCGUCGUCAUGAUCGUCAAGCUCCCCACCGUCGCCUGGUCCGGCUUCCUGUACGGCAUCAACCUGUCGUGGUACAUGGUCCUCAACGGCACCGUCAGCCCCGUCCUGUCGGCCCCGCCCUACAACUUCUCGGCCGCCCUCGUCGGCUCCGUCUACGCGGGCCCCAUCAUCGGCGCCGCCGCCGCCUCGCUGUGGUCCGGCAACGCCGCCGACUGGCUCGCCCUCAAGCUGGCCUGGCGCAACGGCGGCGUGCGCGAGCCCGAGCACCGCCUGUGGGUCCUCCUCCUGGCCGCCAUCGUCUCGUCCGCCGGCCUCAUCACCUGGGGCGUCGGCGCCUACCACGGCGUCCACUGGGUCGGCCUCGUCUUCGGCCUGGGCAUGCUCACCUUUGGCGUCGUCACGGGCGGCUCCAUCGCCGUCAGCUACAACGUCGACUGCUUCAAGGAGAUCGCGGGCGAGACCACCGUCUCCGUCAUGCUGAUCCGCAACACCAUCGGCUUCGGCAUCAGCUACGCCAUCACCCCGUGGUGGACCACCCAGGGCCUGCAGAACUGCUUCAUCACCGCCGCCAUGAUCUCCAUCGGCUGCACCAUGACCUUCCUGAUCUUGACCUUUUACGGCAAGCGUAUCCGCAGGUGGUCCAUCCCCGCCUACAAGGCCUUUAUGGCCAGCACCGUGGUGUCGCAGGAGUAAAAAAAAAAAAAAAGGGUUGGGAAAGGACUGCCGGCCAGUUG